CUGUUUCGCUGUCCGGUAACUCAAAGAGGCGGAACUGAAUAAAAGGAAAGUGUUUUCUACCGAACACAUUUCGAACAGGUACGCGUUCUCCCGUUGCCGUGGCAGCAGCGACUUCAGGAGGAACGUUCGGGCGAUUAAUGAUGGAUGCUCGAGAGACAGAUCUGCUGGGUGGCAUAGUUGAAAUGCAGAAUUUGGAAGAAGAGGACUUUGCUGUUUCAAAAUCAUCAGAUGCUCAUGCAGAAUUUGACAUGGUUAUUGGGAACAUCGAGGAUAUUAUAAUGGAGGAAGAAUUCCAACAUCUUCAGCAGUGUUUCAUGGAGAAAUAUUACCUUGAGUUUGAUGUGUCUGAGGAGAACAAGCUCAGCUAUACACCUAUUUUUAAUGAAUAUAUUGAAGUCCUAGAAAAACAUCUGGAACGGCAGCUGGUAGAGCGAAUUCCUGGAUUCAACAUGGUUGCCUUCACACAUUCACUUAAACAGCACAAAGAUGAAGUCUCAGGUGACAUACUUGACAUGCUGCUCACUUUCACUGACUUUAUGGCCUUUAAAGAGAUGUUCAUUGAUUACAGAGCAGAAAAGGAGGGCAGAGGAUUGGACCUUAGUACCGGACUGGUGGUGAAAUCUUUAAAUUCUGACCUCUAGCAUGGCCUCACAAUCCAGCUGAACCAGUGGACAUCUCAUGUAAAUGAACACGUCAACACAUAUGAUUAUUUCCAUUUAAAAAUAAGAAUAUUUAUUGAAAAUUCCUUUCUGGCACACCACAAAACAACAGUCACUGUUAUGCUUGACAGAAGGGAAUCUGUGUUUAAUUUAGGUUAAUGUUUAAAUGUAACAUUGGGGUUAACUGUCAGCUUAUCCGGUAUGACUCCUCAGUAUUCAUCUGUCAUGAAAUCCACUCAGUCUGGAUCAGUCUUUCAUAUCUUGUUGGCCUACAGCACAGCAAAACACUAUUGCUGUUUCUGACCAAACUGAUGUAGAAAGCUGUAAUGAGCAUUUGAGUAUCUCAAAGCUGCCACUUUAUUGCAAAUAUACCAAAAUAAUUCCUUUCACUUGACAAUCAUAAAGGGCUUUUCAAUACGAAAGUAUUAUACAACGUGCCUGAUAUGACAACAGAUCUAAAAGACCCUUUUUCCAUUUAAAAGACUUGCAGGUCUUUCCAAGUAAAAUAUUACAGAAUUAAAAACAGUGUUUAUACAGUUACCAGAUACAAUGUGAAUAAUCACAUAGUUUUUCAUGCUUUUAAUGUGAUGCUGAGUCCAUGUUUUGGAUGUCUGUCAUAUCUUCUGAGUGACAAUGAGAAGGAAAGACUCUCUUUUCAAAACAAUACUUAGUUUUGUUGAUGUAUGUAAAUUUCAGCCUUUCUACUCCCUUGUUUACUUAGAAGAAUGUGUUGUUCUUACUAGAUGAAUGUUGUGUUAUUGUGUACAUUUGUUUAUUUGUGUGUGUGUGUGUGUGUGUGUGUGUAU